UGUAGAUUUGUUUAUUUGGCUGUUACCCCUUAGCCUAUUAUUGAGGAUCUCGUUGAAACUCUGUUCCCACAUUUGGCAUUUCUCUCUUCCAUCUUUGGAAUCCACAAGAAUCUCUCUCUACUUUGACUCAUUCAUUACCAGACCCCAUAGAUUCACAAAUGAUUCCAUGAAUCCCCUACAACUCCACUGUUUCAUGUUAACCGUCGGACACCCUUUGAAGCACACCUACCUUAACAAUCAAACGGUACAAAAACAAUGAUGGGAUUAACCUUUUUGUUUUGUUUGCUACGUGGUAAUGUUUAAUUGGGUUGCACAAAAACAGCAAGCAUUGUAGUUUUUUUCAAUUUCUUACAAACCACUUAUAAACCCCCCCUCUUAUUUUCACCCUACAAUUUGUCAUCUCCUCCUCCCCUCCUCCAGCCAUGGCAGAAAUGGCCUGCUCCACUGCCGACCUCCACCACCUCCUCGGCGGCUCAGCCAAUGCCACUGCCGUCGCCGAGUACAUUUGCAGCCGAUUUGAGUCUGUCUCGACGAAAUUCGUGGACACGACCUACGCAGUUGACAACACAUACCUUUUGUUUUCAGCAUACCUUGUAUUUGCAAUGCAGCUUGGAUUCGCAAUGCUUUGUGCUGGAUCAGUUAGGGCAAAAAACACAAUGAAUAUAAUGUUAACAAAUGUUCUUGAUGCAGCAACUGGUGGAAUAUUUUAUUAUGUGUUUGGAUUUGCUUUGGCAUUUGGAACACCUUCAAACUCCUUCAUUGGGCAUCAUUAUUUUGGGCUUUCACAAUUCCCAUCUUCUUCGUUUGAUUAUGGGUUCUUUUUGUUUCAAUGGGCAUUUGCAAUUGCUGCUGCUGGAAUUACGAGUGGAUCCAUCGCUGAAAGAACUCAAUUUGUUGCUUAUUUGAUCUAUUCUUCUGUUUUGACUGGUUUGGUAUAUCCAAUUGUUUCUCAUUGGUUUUGGUCAUCCGAUGGUUGGGGAAGUGCCGCUCGGUCCGACAAUCUCCUUUUCGGCUCCGGAGUAAUCGACUUCGCCGGCUCCGGCGUCGUUCACAUGGUCGGCGGAAUCGCCGGUUUAUGGGGCGCCCUCAUAGAAGGACCUCGAAUCGGCCGGUUCGAUCACGCCGGCCGGUCCGUCGCCCUGCGUGGCCACAGCGGCACACUGGUGGUUCUCGGCACUUUCCUACUCUGGUUCGGCUGGUACGGCUUCAACCCCGGUUCAUUCCUCAACAUCCUCAAAGCCUACGGCCACCCCGCCGCCCCUUAUUACGGCCAAUGGAGCGCCAUCGGCCGCACCGCCGUCACCACAACCCUGGCCGGUUGCACAGCCGCACUAACCACUCUCUUCGGCAAACGGCUCCUCGUCGGGCAUUGGAAUGUGACCGAUGUUUGCAACGGUCUAUUAGGUGGAUUUGCCGCCAUAACCUCCGGGUGCGCGGUGGUGGAUCCAUGGGCAGCGAUUGUUUGUGGGUUUUUCGCAGCUUGGGUAUUGAUUGGUUUCAACAAAUUAGCGGAGAAAUUGAAGUACGACGAUCCAUUAGAGGCGGCGCAAUUACACGGGGGAUGUGGGGCCUGGGGGAUUUUGUUCACAGGGUUAUUUGCAAAACAAGCUUACGUGAAUGAGAUAUAUCCAGGGUUGCCGGAAAGGCCGUACGGGAUGCUGAUGGGUGGCGGAGGGUGGUUGUUGGCCGCUCAUUUGGUGCAAAUUUUGUCGAUUGUUGGUUGGGUUAGUGUGACAAUGGGGGUUGUUUUUUGGUUGUUGCAUAAGUUUGAGUUGUUGAGGAUCACGGCGGAGGAGGAGAUGGCCGGAAUGGAUUUGACGAGUCACGGUGGUUUGGCUUAUGUGUAUAAUGAUGAAGAGGAGAAGCUUUGAAGGGAAGAAAUAAAUUUCUUUUUUUCUCUGUGGCUUUAAAUUGAAUCGUUGGUGAUGUACAUUUUUAGUUUUGGUUUUUUUUUGUUUACUUAAUAUAUCUUAAGGAUUGUUUUGUUGUAUAUAGGUUUAACUUUUGUUUGUGUUUUUCUUUUUCUUUCUUUGUUCUAUGGGUCUGUAAGUAAUGACAGUUUUAGAUUUUGGUUUCAUAUAAAAUAAUACUUGCCUUUUUCUUUC